AUGACCAACUCAAACGGCAUCCUCCGCCCAAGACGCAGCACAGCUCGCUACUCCCAAUCCGACCCAGGAAGCUACUUUCCACCCAGCACUUCUCUCUUCACCUUGUCGAAAAGCCCAGCAGAAGCAACCACAACCUCAAAACGCCGCCCGCGCAAACCUAACAGCUCCCUCGCGACCCGCGUCAAUGUCGCGACCGCCAAAGCUUCCACAGCUGAUGAGAGAAGGAAAGCGAAGAUCGCGUCGUUGAUGGCUGUGGCACGUGUGCAGAAGGCUACCCGAGAUAAUGCGCCUGGGCCUGGACCGCGGAACAGGGCGCUGAAGGCAUUGGAGAAAGCCACCACGGAGGCUGCGGUGGAGAUGCCUCCACCUCCUGCUCCGGGCCGCAGAGUCACACGCUCUGGCGAUAAGAAUGGACGUAGGGAUUCUGCAACGGGUGGCAAUGUUGAAGCGUUAGAGGAGGUGAUUGGCAGAAGGAAGACGGCAGUCAAGCAGAGGCAGUCGUUCGCAAUGGCGAAACGGACUUGGACUAUGUUGGAAGCGUCGACUGGAGGAACGGUGGCGGAUAGGGUGGUUUCGAGGGCUGUGCUCAAGACGGAAAAUGAAGCUCGUGAGGCUGCGUUGCGCCAGCCGUAG